AUGGCUAGCUUCACACCCAACGACAACACCUUGAGCAAUGCUCCCCACCCAGAUGAUAUUGACAUUGCACCCCGCAUUUGCGGCUACUAUACUGGAAAGGCUGUAAAAGGUGCCUCGAUGAGCGUGCAGCGAAAGAGCAGAAGCGGAUAA